AGGUAUUAGAAAUUUUGUUUGUUGUUGUAUGGUUUUACCGUGUUUAAAUAAAAAAAAAAAUAAGUAAAAGUCCCAAGUAGUACAUUCAUUUAUCAAAUUUAUACAACCAUUGAAUAUAAAAAUGCAUCGUAAUUUACCCCAGAACAAGGAAGCUUUACUUAAAUCAUACACAACUCGGUUGAAAGAAGAUGUUAAAAGUAUGCUUGAAAAUUUCGAAGAAAUAAUUAAACUUGCAAAAGGUGACAAUGAAUCUCAAUUAAAUAGAAUGACACAAAUUGAACAAGACACAUUUGAAAUGCAAGUGAGAGCUGCGAAUAUUGUGCGUGCAGGAGAGUCACUAAUGAAACUUGUGUCAGAUAUCAAACAAUAUCUAAUAUUAAAUGAUUUUCCAUCUGUGAAUGAAGCAAUAACCCAAAAUUCAAAACUGUUUAGAACAAAACAACAAGAAUGUGAUCAGAAACUCAUGUCACUAAGAGAUGACAUCGCUGCAGACUUGUAUGACUUAGAAGAUGAAUACUUUACCAGUAUAUACAAGUGAAUGAUAGUAUAAUUGAAGUAUUUUGUAUUUAUUAGAAUAAAUUAAUUAAGUUAUUUUUAGGAAAGUAAAAGUUUUCAUCUAUCUUUA